AUGCCUCCAAAACGCAACAAGCGCCAACAGGAGCGAGCGAAGCGGUCGGCGGAUAAAGUCGAGAAGAAGAAGUUGGUCAGAACAUUCGAGGAGAUGGAACUCUCUGGUAGUAGCACCGCGGCGUCUCAACCUACUCCGUCAGCUUCCGAACCACAAUCCUCCGUCUCGAGCGAUCAAGCACCAACAGAUACCUUGAUCUCCAAAUAUCCUCUUUAUGAGAAAUGGGAAACCAUGGAAGAGGAGGAACGUGGCCGAGUCCGGGACGCUCACCGCAGUCAAACCGGUCCUUUCGCUUUCCAACCUGCGUACUUGCCUGUCCAAGUUCAUGUCGCGGCGCCACAACAAGGUCGGUUCACUCGCGAGAUCGAGACCGACAUCAUACAGUGCAAUACCCUCGAAGCCGUCAAGGAUCUGGUCAAAUCCAGCCUUUCACACGAGCUUCUUCGAACCAACAUCGACCCAACUCGUACCAAGUUCGCUGGUCUUAUGAUUUAUGGUCCUGCCACACAGUUCUCCGUCAAGAGCAUCAGCAGCCGCACUCGUGGCCUCUUCCUCGACCCUGACACAUACAAGAAAUGGUGGCUUGACGUAGUCAAGUCCCAGAGUCCUCAUGGUGAAGUCGUGAAGACGGCGGUUGUCCUAUGUGAUCAAGAAGAAGCAGCUGCGAAGCAGGUCGAAUUGCCUGACUUCUGGACCAAUCCUACUGCUGGCUUGCUUGCUAAUUACAUGGAGAAGAUGGAACCACCAAUCUGGGAGCGCGGUCAGCUGGAGCAGGCCAACAUCAUCUAUGUGAAGAUGCAGGAGCGACUACAACAGCAACGAUGUGAAGCUGAAGAAACUCGUUCUCAGUUGACACAGAAGAUGGAUAACCUGGUCAAUGCUGUUCAGGAUGGCGACAUGGUCAAGGCUCGUCGACUCGCUGCUCAGUGGAAGAAGGCCACCAGAGGCAAGGGAAAGGAGGUCGACGUUGACAAAGACGAGGAAGUCAGCGCCGAUGAGGACGACGAGGACGAUGAGCCCAAGGAGGCCGACGAUCCGAAUGACGAGGACUACGACGAGUAG